GCUGUUGUAAAGGUAAGCAGUUGAAUGCGCUCACGUCCAGACGGUAACAGGUGUGUUUGGCUUUAAACACCAAACAAGUUUGGGAUAUUUAAAGGAAUUUAAAGACGGAAAAUGAUCGAUAGACAAGUUUAAAGUGUCUUUUUACCCGCUCGAUGUGAAAAGGUAAAUAUUUCCCGUCGUCUUUUAUUCUUAUCUUUCCAACUUGGCGUGACGUGGACAUCCUGAUGAGCUGCAGGGACAGACCCGUGCAUCCAGCCUGACAGGUGAGCAGACCCCCACCUUACUCAGUUUUACCCUAGUAGCUUCUUGUUUCCACCAGAAAUAGAAAAGAUUUCACAUUUUUGACGUUUAUUUUAAAGCUGAAAUGUUGAGUUUAUAUCUUCAUCUUUUUCUCUGGAGCUGAAAUUCCGUUAAAUAUCUCACUUCCAUUUGAUAAAAACAGAAGUUAAGAUACUUUGACUUUUUUAAUGUGACAUACAAUAGAAAAAUACUUAAAACCUCUUUGGCCUGAAUGAUGCAACACUUUGACAGAGUGUGUUUGAGUUUGUGUGUAUGCAAAUAAAGAGGGGGGUUCGCUAUUGGAGAUUAAGAUGCUUUAAAAAUUAUUUAUUUGUUAUAAAAAACCACUUAACAAUGUUAUUUUUAUGGGCUUUUACAUGCGUUUAUCGUCGAAAUUUCCCAAAUUAUUUUAAGGUUUUAAGGUUAAGUAAACAUGACCCUGCACUGCCCGCACAGAAACACAAAUGAUGUUGUCAAACCGUGCUGUCAGCCCCCAUAACAGGAAAAAAUGAGUGUAUUUAGUGGAAAUAAAGGGACAGUAUACAACUUUCUAAUUACAGAAUUUCACUUAGCCAUUACCAUUAUUAUUAUUAUUAUUAUCAUUGUUAUUUUUAUUAUUAUUAUCAUUAUAUUAUAAGCUUUAUUUAUUGGGAUAAAUUCAAUUUUCAAAGUAGCUCUUAUUUUGUUUAGGAAAACAGUUUUGUAUUGUUUCCCUGCAAAUGAGAUAUGAAUGAACAAAGCAGUUAACAUCUUUAUAAUUUGACAACUAUGAAUAAAUAAUUCAUUUUUCAAUAAGAAACAUCAUAAGCAGUACUGAAAAUUAUCUGAAGCAUGACGUGUUUUGUUGUCAUGAUUUCUUUGUUGUUCACCUUUGUUAGUCAUUUACUUCUGAGUCAAGAUAAAUGAAGACCAAAUAGUGGGCUGUCGCAAUUCAUGAUGGCAGACUGCUCCUAAAAAAUAGUAAAAGUAAAACUCCAGUCCAUACGAAAUGGGAUUCUGAGUAAUAAUGUUAAUAACAACUGAAUUUGGUGGUUUUCAAUUCAGUGAAAUCCUGGAUAUGACAUACCAAAUUUUAAAACAAUAAAAAAAAAAUUUGCUUCAUAGAAAAUUUGUACAUAUAAAUUAGAAUUUGAUGCCAGGAACACUUUUCUAAACUGUUUGGACAGGGGCGUGUUUGCCUCCAUGUUGUAUCACCUCAUCUUUAAACAACACUAUGUAAACGUUUGGGAACGGAGGAGAUCAGUUCCUGGAAUUCAAUUCCUGUAAAAGCAUCAGUGGUUCAGGGUCUCCUUUGUCAUGUUUAACCGUUCAUUAUGCACCUGAAUGUAUUUCAACAUUCUCUAAACUUCCCCUUUUGCAUGAAAGAAGCUUUUGAGUAGAAUUUAUUUUCAUAUUUUCGUUCCUAUUUAUCGAUUGAUGGUGUAAAUAAUGCAGUCUGUGUGAGAUUCUUUCAUCUGCACACAAAAGCUUUUAAGGACAGCGGUAUUGAUUUUAUUUCCUCAUGUUUCUCCCUCUCUCAGUGUUGAAUCAGCUGCUCGAUGUGAAUCAGCAGAAUCAGAAGCUUCCACCAUGAGGAGGAACAAGCAGAUUGACAUCCAGCGCGCCCUGGCUCUGUCCGGCGCCCUGAACUUCCUGUGCUCCUGCGCCCGAGCCUGGCUGCUCCCUUUCCUCACCCUCUACUUCAGACAGCUCGGUAUGACUCCAGCCAUGACCGGAGUCAUCAUGGGAACCAAGUACUUCAUAACACUGGUGUGGAGCCCUGUGGGGAGUCUGCUGGCCAAACACUACAACAAGAGGCGGGUCCUGCUGACGUGCUCUCUCCUGUGCUCUGCGGUGAUGCCUCUGACUCUGCUCCUCAUCCCUCAUACAGGUGUGCAUGAUCAGAUUGACACCUGCAACACGACUGAUGUCAGCACGAGUCCAACGCAGAGUUUUACGAGUGGCGUCAUCAAACUGACCACGACAUCUACUAGAACUGAAGCUAAAAGCACCUCAUUUGUUGGUCUUCAACCUAAUGUGACAGUUUCUGCUCAUAUAUCUGCUCCUGCUGUGGACAAAACUUCACUUAAGAAGCCCACGGUUGAAAAAUCCCACACUCUGAAGCAACAAGUGAACACAUCAUCAGAAGAGAACACCAGUAAUGAAGAGAAAAAGGUCAGCAGCUCCCCUACAAACCAAACCAGCAGCUCCAGUUCACCUCCAGUGAACCAGAAAAAGAAGACAAGAAAGUUCCGUCGAGAAGUGGAGACAAACAGCGGCCAUUUUGAAUUCCUGGGCAGCCUAAAGGUCAUGGACCCUCAGCACCAGCUCUUCUUCCUGGUUCUGAUCACCGUGUCCAUGUGGGAGUCUGCGUCUGCGCCCCUUGAGUGGACGGCAGAUGAUGGAUUGUACGAGUACCUCGACUUUGCAGAUGCUUCAGAUCGCUACAGCAGCACAGGGGUGUGGGGACUAGUGGGAGCGGCGUGUGGUGUCGGAGGAGCGGGGCUACUGGUCAACCUGCUGCGUUGUGUCAUAGCCAAUCAGACUGCAAGGAGUGCGGUACAUUUCUACUGUAACACCAUUGUGGUUGCUCUGGCUCUCCCUGUGGCGAUUUUCCUUCCUCUCCACCUGAAUAAGAAGCGAGACAAAGCGAACGGGCUCCUCAAAGCAGCGCAGCUGGUCCGAGCAUCCCCUCGUGCUCUUCUCUGCGCUGCAACCACCCUGUUUGUCGGCGCAGCAUGCUCAGCGGUGGAUAACUUUCUGCUGUGGCAGAUGCAGGAUCAUGGCAGCAACAAGCUCCACAUGGGGCUUUCCCUUGCGCUUGCUCUGCUCUCACAGGCCGCCUUCCCUUUUCUGGCGACCCGGGUCUCCAGAUUCCUCACCCCUGGGAGGGUCCUAAUCGUGGGAGCUGCGACUCUCGGACUGCAGUGCAUCUAUUACUCCUUCCUCUGGGGACCCUGGGCCGCACUACCUGCUCAGGUGUUCAGCUGCGUCAGCACAGGAGCCAUCUGGUGGGCCGUGCAAGUGCAGUGCGAGGACAUUGCCACGCCAGGGAGCGAGAGGAGCGUGCAGAGGAUCUAUACCUCAUUCUCACUGAACCUUGGUGGGGGAUUAGGGAGCUUCGCUGGGGGGUUCGUGGUGCAGAGGUUCGGGCUAACAUGGCUCUUUAGAGGGGUGGCGUUGUGUUUGAUUCUCUGGUGUGUGUGUCUGCCUCUGCUGCAGUGGAAAGCUCCUCGCCAACGCAGGAUCAACUACUCACGGCUUCUGGCGGCAGAUGCUAGUGAAGGAAGUGACUCUGACUCUGAGCAGGAGAGAGACUGGCUGGAUAAAGCGAUGGAAGACGACAGGAGCAAUAACAACCACGGACGGAGGAUGAACCAGUGAAAAAUGAAGAUUGAAGGGAACAGAGAAGACUUUCACAGAGUCAAAUCCUGGAAUGAUUUUCAGUGGUUAAAGCUCCACUUAAGAAUGUUCAGUUUGUGCCAAGUUUGGCGCCCCCUGUGGACAAAGUAGUCAUUGCUUAUACUGUCGUGCUUAAAUCUCAUCCUGAUGACUUUGACAGUCAAAUAUCCAAUGUAUUGUAAAAACUGUGUGGAAAUUGAGAAAACGUGGCUGUUUCCUUGGCUGCUUGGCUGAUACUAAACCCCUCACCCCCAUGAGAUGUUAAUAGUUACACCAUAAGAAGUGUCAAUCUUGUUCCUGAUGGUCUUGUUUGCUUUUGUAUGUCAAAAAAAAAGUGUCAAUCUGAAUUUCAAUCUGCUUUAUAAAAGUUAAAGAACUCCUCACAGCUUUAAACCUGACAGAUAUCAUCAGCUAACAUGGAUCUAUUACAAAUAUACAUCGAUAUCUGACUUUGUCUCUCCACUCUGUGCCUUUUUUAAUAAAAACUACAGUAAACAGUUCUUGGGGUCAUUUCAAAAA